AUGUUGUUUUUCGUUCCCAAUGUAGCCUCCCUGCCGGGCGGCACGACUCGUCUCACACCGGCCGAUCUCAAGAAUCCCGAUGUGGUUGUAGAUGCAAAAUUCUCGGUGGACGAAUAUAACAGAGAGAAAAAUCUGACUCUGGAAUUCCAAAACUUGAUCGGCGGCAGCAAAAAGGUGGUCUCGGGAGUUCAGUACCAUUUGGUUGUCAAUACCACCAUUAAUACCUCUGGUGAAUGUGUUGUGGGGAAGUACGAAGCAGUCGUCUGGGUCCAUGCAGGGACGGGCAGCAAACAGCUCGUGUCCUUCACUAAGAUCUUUUAA